ACAGGCGCUGCCAGCCAAUCAGAAGCGCGCUCCGGAGCUGCAGAGCCUGGAGCUGGGCGCCCGGGCUGGAGGUGCGCGAGCCGAGUCCGGGCUCUGAGGACCGCAAGCAGCUGUGCCCGGAGCUCUGGGAAAGUCCCCUCUCUGCUGUUCAUGCAUUAAGUUCCUUUCCACCAGUUAGGGCAAGUCAGCUAAGACUUGGAAUCAGAUGACUGCAACUUUGAAUCUCCAGGUGCUUCAGGAUGUAAAUAAGUUCUGACAUUUCGCCAGUGGGCAGUUAAAUCAUGGACACCAGAAACAGUUUACUUUGGACUGUCCUUCCGAAGGAUGCUCUGGCUUCUCUCUUGAGCGCUCACUAAGCAUCUGUAGCUGACACGAAGCAAAAGACAACUGUGAACUGGAAAGUGAUCUUACAAUGAAAAUUACGAGUACAUCUUGCAUCUGUCCAGUCCUAGUGUGUCUCUGUUUUGUGCAGAGGUGUUAUGGAACUUCUCACCACAGCUCCAUCAAGGUGACCAGAAACCAAACCAAGCACGGGGAAGGUGAAACCGAAGUCCACCACCGUCCCAAAAGGGGAUGGGUGUGGAAUCAGUUCUUUGUUUUAGAAGAACAUAUGGGACCAGAUCCACAGUAUGUUGGAAAACUGCACUCCAAUUCAGACAAAGGGGAUGGAUCUGUCAAGUACAUUCUUACUGGAGAAGGUGCGGGGACUAUAUUUAUCAUUGACGACACCACAGGGGACAUCCACUCAACCAAGAGCCUCGACAGAGAGCAGAAGACUCACUACGUGCUGCACGCCCAGGCCAUUGACAGACGGACCAACAAGCCUCUGGAACCCGAAUCCGAGUUCAUCAUCAAAGUGCAAGACAUCAACGACAAUGCUCCCAAAUUCACAGACGGGCCGUACAUCGUCACCGUGCCUGAGAUGUCAGAUAUGGGUACCUCUGUUCUACAGGUGACAGCGACGGAUGCAGAUGACCCCACCUAUGGAAACAGCGCUCGGGUAGUUUACAGUAUCCUCCAGGGUCAGCCCUACUUCUCCGUAGACCCUAAAACAGGAGUUAUUAGAACAGCUUUGCACAAUAUGGACAGAGAAGCCAGAGAACACUACUCAGUGGUCAUUCAAGCCAAAGACAUGGCUGGACAAGUCGGAGGCCUUUCAGGAUCCACAACCGUCAACAUCACCUUGACCGAUGUCAAUGACAACCCACCACGUUUUCCUCAGAAGCACUAUCAACUGUACGUUCCUGAGUCAGCUCAAGUUGGUUCAGCUGUCGGGAAAAUCAAGGCAAAUGAUGCGGACAUCGGUUCUAAUGCUGACAUGACUUACUCCAUCAUAAACGGAGACGGCAUUGGGAUAUUCUCCAUCUCCACCGACAAAGACACCAGAGAAGGGAUUAUUUCAUUAAAAAAGCCAUUGAACUAUGAGAAAAAGAAGUCAUACACCCUCAACAUAGAAGGAGCAAAUACACACCUCGAUUUUCGAUUUUCUCACCUGGGUCCUUUCAAAGAUGCCACCAUGCUGAAGAUCAUUGUUGGAGAUGUAGAUGAACCACCACUGUUUUCCAUGCCUUCCUACAUCAUGGAAGUGUACGAAAAUGCCAAGAUCGGGACCACUGUUGGCACAGUUCUGGCACAAGACCCCGACAGUGCUAACAGUUUAGUAAGAUACUUCAUCAACUACAGUGUUGAAGAGGACAGAUUUUUCAACAUUGACGCCAAUACUGGAACCAUUAAGACUUCCAAGAUUUUGGAUAGAGAAGAGACUCCAUGGUACAACAUCACAGUUGCUGCUUCAGAAAACGACAAUCCUGGUUUACUGAGCCAUGUCACAGUGGGUAUUAGAGUUUUGGAUGUCAAUGACAAUCCACCAGAACUUGCCAGAGAAUAUGAUAUUGUUGUCUGUGAAAAUUCUAAGCCUGGCCAGGUUAUUCAUACCAUCAGUGCCACUGAUAAAGAUGAUUUUGCCAAUGGCCCGAGAUUUAACUUCUUUCUUGAUGAAAGCCUGCCUAUGAACCCGAACUUUACCCUUAAGGACAACGAAGAUAACACAGCCAGCAUUCUGACAAGGCGGAGGAGAUUUAGUCGAACUAUUCAGGAUGUGUAUUAUCUGCCCAUUAUGAUCUCUGAUGGUGGAAUCCCCUCUCUCAGCAGCAGCAGCACCCUCACCAUCAGGGUUUGUGCGUGCGAGAGAGAUGGGCGCGUGCGGACCUGCCACGCAGAAGCCUUUCUGUCCUCCGCGGGUCUGAGUACAGGAGCCCUCAUCGCUAUUCUCCUCUGUGUGCUCAUCCUCCUGGCGAUUGUAGUACUUUUUAUCACCCUGAGGCGGAGUAAAAAGGAGCCCCUGAUCAUUUCGGAAGAAGAUGUCCGGGAGAACGUGGUCACCUAUGAUGACGAAGGGGGAGGGGAGGAAGACACGGAGGCCUUUGACAUCACAGCGCUGAGAAACCCUUCUGCUGCAGAGGAGCUCAAGUGCCGGAGAGACAUCCGGCCGGAGGUGAAGCUCACGCCCAGACACCAGACGUUAUCCACCCUGGAAAGUAUAGAUGUUCAGGAAUUUCUUAAGCAAAGACUGGUGGAGGCAGACCUAGACCCCAGCGUCCCCCCAUAUGACUCUCUUCAGACUUAUGCCUAUGAGGGCCAGAGAUCAGAAGCUGGCUCUAUCAGCUCCCUGGACUCAGUAACCACACAAUCAGAUCAGGAUUAUCACUACCUUGGAGACUGGGGGCCAGAGUUUAAAAAGCUGGCUGAACUCUACGGAGAAAUAGAAUCUCAAAGAACAACUUAGGGGCUGAUUCUAACAACCUUGCAGACUUUGCUUCCAGAGCCAAUGAAGAUGUAACCUCAGCAAUGACAAGGAGGAGGCUUGCAAACUGUACCUGGAACUGAACACCCUGUACACAGCUCCUGUAGAAACAAGUGCCCUUUUUAUAAGCAAAACUGGGUUAUAUAAUGGAAAGAAAGUCAAAUAUAAGAAAAAGAUACAGAGAGAAAGCUAUCAUUCCUUGUGUAUAUUUUCAAUUGCUCAAUAAAGUCUGUCGUACCUUUAAUUAACAAUACCUGAAAUAAGCCAAACAAUGAAUAUCCGUUUCAAUAUCUGUGAUUUUUUUUUUUUUCCCCAACCGCAAAAAACUAAACAAAGGGACUCUAAAUCAAUGACUACUACCACUUAUUGGGGUGGGACACUGAGGAAACUUGUACAAGUAAUCAUGACCUUUGUCCACUCUGGCUCUGCUGGGUAAACCCUUGAGACUGAAAGUCCGAUAUUAUGACGGAUCUCCUGAGCCUUGUCUGGUUUUGCUGUCCCACAAGGUGUCCCCAGGACAACAGGCUGCCCCAUCACGAACUUCUCUGUACCAUUUCCUGUGCCCUCCCCAGUUCUUCUCUCCAUACAAAACUGAUGGAGCUUGGGGAUUUGCUGCCUGCACUCUACUGUAUGCAAUUUUGGUGCACAUCUGUGCGUCAACUGUAUCUGUCCCUCCUGCCCUCCAUCAUUUUAAAGGGACACCCCCCCUUUCUAAAUGGGAACCAUGAAUGGUUGAAGGUAAACUACAAUAAAGUCAGGAGGACUUUUAAUUUAAAAAACAGCUAAAACCUUAUCCCGUGUGACAUGUUAGGGUACACCAGGUUCUCCUUUGUUUGAACAUGCAAAUCAGCAGUUUUAGUCAUUUCUGUAACUAAAAGUGAUUGUCCAAAGUUUCACUGAUUGAUUAGUUUACACUGCAGCCUACUCACUAAUUUAUGUCAUGGAUACUUAUCACACAUAAAUGCUUCACAUGAUAACAGUUCAGUCUAAAACAAUCCUAUCAUUUUAUGAGCAUUAACUUCUUAGACUCCUGGAGGACUGAACUCUAGUCUUUGCACACCUUUUAGACUCUGUCAGUCUCACAACGUGAUUAGUUUUUACAUGUUUGGUGACUUCAAAAAAUAUGUAGGAUUCGGCACAAAAAAAUGAGAGAAUCACAUUUUUCCUUGGACACAAUAUUGAAAGUUGGAAGCUUCAUGGUUUCAAAAUUAUAACACAUUAAUGACACUGACGUCCCCGCCUACCUCACAGGGCUGUUGUGAGGAUCACAUAAGAGUCUGUGAAAAUAUUUUGCACACUGCAAAGUCUUGUGCUGCACAAAGGCUUGCAGACACUGUAUUUUAAUUUUUCAGUUUACAAAUACAUGUUUACAUACAUUUUUCAUAAAACAUCUUAUUAUCUUAGGUGAAGUUUGUGGGAACUUCAGCUAAUGUUUAAAUAUACAACAUACAAGUCUAACUGUUUUCCUAUUUUCCUAAGCAGUCUAGUUUUCUUGAGGUUUUGGUUUUCCAAAUCGUUUUAGAUAAUAAUUGCUUCGUGCUAUUGAACUUGAAGUAAAAUUUCACAGCAUACUUGUCUGAAUCACUAGCUAUGAUCUCACCACUGUAUAUGCAAUUAAUUGAAAUUUUUAAAUUCAUGAAAUAAGAAUUAUUUGAAGGGAACAAUUUUCCUUUACUAUUUAAAAUUUUUUACCAUCUAAUGUCCCCACAAGUUAUAUGACAUCUUCUGUCUGAUUCUACCCACGUGCAAAAUUUUGGAUUUUGCCUGUUUGUCACUGCCCUGUGCUAUAUUAUAUUCCAGUUUUGAGGUAUGGGAAGUAAGUUUAAUUUGAGUAAUUCUCAGUUUGUGUUUAAAGCCUGAGGAAUAAAAUGUAAUUUAAGCUUUUACAACA